AUGAACAACCUUUUCCCCUCUAGAAAUGAAUGCACUACAGGAGGAACUGGGUCAAGAUGGUUUCACCAUCCUCGCAUUCCCAUCCAACCAGUUUGGCAAACAGGAACCAGCUGAAAACAAUGAGAUCCUCCCUUUGUUGAAGUAUAUCCGCCCCGGCAACGGGUUUGUUCCAAACUUCCAACUGUUCAGGAAAGGAGAUGUGAACGGGGAAAACGAGCAGCAGCUAUUCACGUACCUGAAGAAUGCCUGUGGCCCAGUGGGAAACAGCUUUGGAAACCCCGACAAGCUUUUCUGGCAGCCCCUCAAGAUCUCUGAUAUCAAGUGGAACUUUGAGAAGUUUCUCGUUGGGCCUGAUGGCAAGGCCGUCCUGCGCUGGUUCCCACAGGUCCCCAUGGUUACGGUCAAAGAAGAUAUCCUCCGCUUUAUGAGUACUCUACCCAUUCAACAAAAAAUCAUCUAAAUGAAAUUGCAAAGCUUUAUUAUUUCACCUGCAUAUAUGAUACAAUGGUUUGAAUUAGAUAACUGAGGCUUCUCCACAUUAUUCUCCUUUUACACACCAACCCUGCACCUCUUACAUUUACUUUUCCAUUCACACUCCCCUCCCCUUUCAUGUUAUAAUUCCUGUUUUACUCCUCCUCCCCUGCUCCCUGCUCCUUCGCCCUCUCCCCUCUCUUUCCCCCUCCAUUUACUGCUCCCCACUCCAUCCCUUCACUCUCCCUCCACUACGUUCCAUUCCUUUCCCCUUUCUGCCUCCCUCUGUCACCCCUGACCUCACCCCUCCUUCAUCCUACUUGUUCCUCAUCUCUCUCUUUUCCUCCAUUCCCUGUGCCUGUUUCAGUCGUUCAUCUUACCCCUUCACUCCCCCUUCUGCCAACCUUUGCUUCUUCCCCUCCCCAUCCCCACUCAUAACACCCAGAAGAUUUCCAAGCAGAAACUGCGGUGAAUUCUCACCCUGCUCUCUGGUGAAGAGGGUCAAAGGUCCAAUUCCACCUGAGGAUCUUGGUCAGGACUCUCCAGUUGCCCGAAGAAGAUUCUUACCAAAACAUUAAGCCUAUUUUCUCUCCCCUCUCACUUAUCUAAUGCGAACUGGCAGCGCUGGAACUUUACACCCAAUAGUUAAUCGCAGUCUCUGUCUAAGCCCCAGGAUCUCUCCAGGUGAUGGGCUGGCAGGGCUGGAGCCGAUGGGAAGAGGAGUGCAGAGUGACGAUCGGGUCUAAAAGCAGGAGCUCCCUGCCAGGUCUGGUCUGAAGCUGGGUGAAGGCAGGCAUAGCCCUUCAGUGCAUUCAGGCUGUUCUGUCAGCUCACCCAGAGCAUGUUGCCUCUCCCCACACGACAGCAGCCCUGCCUGUCCAUCAGGAUACCAACAAGUCAUCAAACACUUGUACACACAAAUAAAAAUCCAUCUUUCACAAA